UAAGAGUGUGUGUUUCUCGUGGCAUUUUUCAUUUGUUGGUUGCUCUCGCAUUUUAUAUGAAUGUCAAUUCUUGAUUUUUUUCUAUAGAUUCUUGUGGGAUCGUGAAAACACUUUACCCCUAUCAAAUUGAUUGAUGAAUAUGUUAAUACCAAAUUUCUUUGUUUUGUUCUUCAAUUCCUUUUUUGUCUUUCUCGACCCAUAGGCCAUAUAUAUGUUACUGUAUUAACUGAAAGGUGCAUUUAAUUUCAGAAGUGGGUGAUUUCUCUUCACAUCUGGGUUUGAUCUGAAAACCCUUUUGGUGGUAUGGAGGUUUAUAAGAGAUGGAUUAGGAGGAAUAAAGAUUUUGUGCGUCAAUUGGAUUCUAUUGCCAAUAAUUUAACGUGGUUCCUCCCAGAUGAGUUUGCUGAAUCAGAAAUUGGGCCAGAAGCAGUGUCAUCCCUUGUAGGAAUGAUAUCUACCGUGAACGAAUACAUAAUAGAAACAAGUCCAACCGAGGUGCAUACGAGAUGUGCAGAGUCUUCUUUUAUCCCUUUAUCAUUGUGCCUUACCUUGCUGAAAGACUUGGAAACAUCAAUUGAGGUUGUGGCUGAGCAAAUUUAUGGUGAAAAGAACAAAUGGAAUUUGAUUGCCAUAACUGAGGCUGUUAAGGUUUGUAUUAGGCUGGUUAUCUUCGGGAAGACUGGGUACAAAAUGCUUUUAGAAGGAGGGGAAACUGAAAAUGGAGAAAAUGAUUCUGAUUCUUUUAGUCUUCAAAAAACGAAGAGGCAGCUUGGUAAGCCUACAGGGAAUGAAGAGUCUGGUAUCACAAAAACACUUCAUGCGCAAAACUCUGGGAAUCUUGAAGACAGGGCAAUAUCUGCCUUAAGCAAUUUUGGCAAGAAAGCUGCAAUGCAACAUCCACAAGCAAUAAUGGAACCUCCAAGUAAACUAGCUGAGAGACCUAGUCUAUGGACUUUCUUAUCUGAGAAAGGUGUUCCUGGAGGCUUCUUCGUGACGGGAGAGAUUUUGUUCAUCAUAAGGCCUCUUGUUUAUGUACUAUUGAUGAGGAAGUAUGGAACGCGGUCGUGGUUUCCCUGGUGCGUGUCACUGGCUGUGGACCUCAUCGGAAAUAGCAUUCUCUCAGUUACAUUGAUGUCUCAACAUAGCGGGAAAAAUCAGCAACUUCAGUUUUCUGACUCUGAGAAGGACGAGUUAAAAAGACGAAGAAUGUUAUGGGCAUUGUACCUCAUGCGAGAUCCACUUUUUACCAAGUAUACCAGGCAAAGACUUGAAAGCACUCAAAGGCUAGUGCAACCCAUUCCCAUUCUCGGAUUUGUUGCAGAAAAAAUAAUUGAAAUUCUUAUUGGAGUCCAAACGCGUUACACGUACAUAUCUGGUUCAUAACAGGGGGAAGCUAUCAGGAGAAAUUUGAAGCGUCUACAUGUAGACAUUUGCAGUAUCUUUUCUUUAUUCCUUUUCUUGAGGAUUUGGGGAGAGUUACUAUACAUCUAUGUUGUCUUGGCAGGCUUAUGCAAAGUAUGUUACAUCUAUGUUGUCUUGGCAGGCUUAUGCAAAGUAUGUUACAUCUAUGUUGUCUUGGCAGGCUUAUGCAAAGUAUGUUACAUCUAUGUUGUCUUGGCAGGCUUAUGCAAAGUAUGUUACAUCUAUGUUGUCUUGGCAGGCUUAUGCAAAGUAUGUUACAUCUAUGUUGUCUUGGCAGGCUUAUGCAAAGUAUGUUACAUCUAUGUUGUCUUGGCAGGCUUAUGCAAAGUAUGUUACAUCUAUGUUGUCUUGGCAGGCUUAUGCAAAGUAUGUUACAUCUAUGUUGUCUUGGCAGGCUUAUGCAAAGUAUGUUACAUCUAUGUUGUCUUGGCAGGCUUAUGCAAAGUAUGUUACAUCUAUGUUGUCUUGGCAGGCUUAUGCAAAGUAUGUUACAUCUAUGUUGUCUUGGCAGGCUUAUGCAAAGUAUGUUACAUCUAUGUUGUCUUGGCAGGCUUAUGCAAAGUAUGUUACAUCUAUGUUGUCUUGGCAGGCUUAUGCAAAGUAUGUUACAUCUAUGUUGUCUUGGCAGGCUUAUGCAAAGUAUGUUACAUCUAUGUUGUCUUGGCAGGCUUAUGCAAAGUAUGUUCCAAAAUUGUCAAUGUUUCUUUUUAGUAUAGUCAUCUAGUAUCCAAGAAACCCUUUUGGGUUUCUCUGAUAUUGUCAAAGUAGAUUAAACCUUUAUCAUAAAUCAUUACUGAAAUGAAUGAUUCAACAAUUACAUCUUAGUGGAUGCCAUGUA